GUGUUAAAGCACGUACCAGUGAUAGUGGUCCAAAGCCACUACCCCUGUGUUGCAGGAAGUGCUCUGUGCAAUCAUCUGGUGGCCCUUCUUUACCAGACAGCGCACUACUCUCAACUAAACAUUCCUGCUGCACCACCAGUUCACAGCUGCACAGACACAGAACAGCGUUGGCACAAGCCAAGAACACUUGGUGUGAAACCAGGUCCGGUUGAUGGGAUAGAGUUCCGUAAACCUACUAACUCGUGUGCUGAUGGAAUAAGGUAAUUUGGAGGUUCCUAGAAUGGGAACAUUUUAGAAAACAUUUUCUUGUGAUUGUUUUUGUAUCCAGAUGAUAAGCCUAAACAGUGGCGUCUUUACGAUAUAAUGACAAAUGUUUGGGACAAAGACUGGGGUAAAAUAUAUAAUUUAUAAAUCUGUAUAUUUUAAUUCAUUUUAUUUGAACUUUCGGGCUUGUGCUGUUUCUGGAAAAGUUACAUGAAUCUUUGUCAUAGUAAUCUCUCCAACUUGAUAUUAAGGUUUUAAAAUGUUUUGCAAAAGUUCUCUCUACAAAGCACUCAAUGGAUACAUGCCUGACAUGGACCUUUUCCGCGUCUCAGAAACGUAUGCCAACUUUUCUCCACUUACUGCCCCUCUUGUGACAACAAUGGAAAUGUCAGCUGACGUGCCCCUGGUUGAAUCCACCUUUGGGCCAGUGCAAGCCGGCAGUGUUCUGUCCUAUCAGCUUCCACAGCCAAAGACCUGUGAAAUUGUGAAGAUUGCCGAUGCCCCAUCUCCGCGAAUACUUCCAUUAGAUGGCUACAGGCUUCAGGCUUCCCAGUGUGCUUACUGCCUUAGCCAUCAGGAGCAGUUCCACCUCAAGGCAUUAGAGACAACCUACGAGAUGUCACACAAAGUCGAGGUUGCUACAAGGGAGCAGAGCAGCAGCCCGGAAUGGCAUCAGCUCAGGAAAAUGAGAAUAACAUCCUCUCAUUUCCGAGAUGUUUGCCAUGUCCGGGGAGAGACCUCAGCUGACCACCUAGCUGAGCGGAUGUUCAAGGGAUCUGGUAUGCAGACCAUGGAGAUGAAGAGGGGGCUACCCAUGGAGCCAGUGGCUGUACAGGAGUACUGUACACUGAAGAAUGUUAACUUCUUUCCGUGUGGCUUCGUAGUGCACCCAGAUGCUCCGUGGUUAGGAUCCUCUACAGAUGGCAUCAUAUUUGAUCCCAGUGUAAGACCACACUUUGGACUCUUAGAGUGCCCAAAUGUACCAAGUUAUGUUGACUGCCCUUACCUGAAGAUACAGAAUGGAGAGCUGAAGUUGAAGAGAUCUCAUGCUUACUACUGGCAGGUGCAAGGUCAAAUCCUUCUCACAGGUUGUAGAUGGUGUGACUUUGUCAUCUGUGCACAGGAGGACAUCCUAGUUGAAAGGAUAUAUAAAGAUCUACAGGUUUCAAAAACUAUAAGAGGGAAGGUUGACCACUUUUAUGUUUACCACUACUUGCAGAAGUGUCUAUGGUUUUGUGAAAAAUAAGUAUUGAUGUUCUUGUGAAGAAAUCUACAGUAGAAUAGAUUUGUUU